CACAUCGAUCGUGGACACAUACAUAAUUGCUUCAUUAAAUUUUAUUUGUUGAAUUGAUUUUUCGUAAAUACUAUUCAAUGUGGUUGACUGAUUGACUUACAGUUUUUAUUUAAAAUAAAUUUAUUAACUCCGACAACAUUGGAUCAAUUAGCCGCGAUGGAUUUACUACACAAGAACGAAACUUUAAAAGAUGGCAGCGUUUGGAAUUUUACCGGAAAAUUGGACUACGUAGACCAAUGGUUCCUGAUGAAAACGCCUUUGCCAAUGAUUUUCCUGACAGCUUCUUAUCUCAGUUUCGUAUUAAAACUAGGACCAAAAUACAUGGAAUCAAGAAAACCUUUUAAAUUGACAACAGUUAUAACAGUCUAUAAUAUCCUUCAAGUGGCUUAUUCUUGUGCUCUAUUGUACAUUGGUCACAAUUUGAUAUCUACAUAUGGACUGCUGAGUUCCUCCUGUCUCAUGGAAGCUGAAGAUACCAAGUGGAAAGUGACAACGAGCAUUUAUUAUUACUUCUUCGCCAAAGUUACGGAACUAAUGGACACAAUUUUCUUUGUCUUACGGAAGAAAUACAAUCAAGUGACGUUUCUACAUAUCUACCAUCAUUCCCUCAUGAUGUGGGGCAGUUGGGUAUCAUUGAAGUACGAACCAUCUUACGGCACCAUAUUCCUAGGAACUUUGAAUUCAUUUGUCCAUAUCAUCAUGUACACUUACUACGCGUUAUCAGCGUUUCCGGAUCUCUCGAAGUAUUUAUGGUGGAAGAAAUACAUCACAAUGAUGCAGUUGAUUCAAUUUAUGUGCAUCAUUGUGCAUGCGGCCGCGAGUCAAUUCUUCUCCGGCUGUCCACCCUCCUAUACUUUGUUGAUGACAAUCAUGUUAAACGCUGCACUCUUCAUUUAUUUAUUCGGACAAUUUUAUAUCAACUCAUAUCGAAAUACACAAAAAUUAAGUGAAAAGAAAAUUUUAUUAGAUAAUUGUACUAAAGGGAAAAUAGAUACCAAAGUAGAUUAGUUAAUUAUUGAUGUUAUUUAAUAAAUUAGAGUAAUUGUAUUUAAGACAUAUAGGUAUUUUUUUUAUUAAAUGGAAUUGAACAUACUGAUUUCUUGAGAGGAUUGUCGUUGUGACUAUCAUUGACCAAUCAUGAUUUGUCAUUCACAAAGCAACAUGUAACAUUUUGACACUUUGUUUAGUUUUAU